AUGAAGCUCCUAUACAAGUCAAAACCCAGAACGGUGGUAUUGUAUUCCGACACAUACAGUCUUACAUUUAGGACAUCAACGAAACAAACAAAUGCUCCAAAACCAACCGUCAAUUUAGAGCUAGUACCCAACAGUAACAUUACUCCAGAAGCUGGGUUUCGCACUUUACUCCGAAGAGAAGUUUAUGGCUGUUUAGGUUUGAUUUACGUCGACAAUCAAAUAUUUCUUUCGGUGAUUACGGGAGCUUUAACCAAUGUUGCCCGCCCCAUUAAAGAUGAAACAGUGGAUAAGAUUUACUCAGUUGAUUUUGUUUCUUUAAACAAUAGUGAAUGGGAUUUUGUUGAAUUGGAUUCGCAAGGAUACCCAGUGGUGACCAACGAUGAUGAUGACGAUGCAAGGUACAAUCGUGUACAACAUCCAUGUUUUGAGUUUAAAAAAUUGUUGUCCAACGGAUCUUUUUACUACUCAAAUGACUUUGAUCUAACAUCAACUUUACAGACCAGAGGCGUCAAUGAAACGUUAGACGAGUUGAACCAUUACAGUCCACUGUACAUGUGGAAUUCGUUUUUGGCGGAUGAAAUGAUACAAUUUAGGUCCAACUUGGAUAGCAACAACCGGUCAGUGUUGGACGAUAAUCGAUUCCUAACCACCGUUAUUCGAGGGUUUGCCAAGACGGUACCAAUGGGACGUCAAGAUUCAAUCACAAUCAUUUCCAAACAGUCGUGGCGUAGAGCAGGAACUAGAUACAAUACUAGAGGAAUCGACGAUGACGGGAAUGUGGCCAAUUUUGUUGAAACUGAAUUCAUCUAUUACAACCCAUCGAAGAAAUCCAUUUUUACUUACACGCAAAUUAGAGGAUCAGUACCGACAUUUUGGGAGCAGGACUCCACCUUGAUAAAUCCGAAAAUCACCCUUACUAGAUCCCCAGAAGCAACACAGCCGAUGUUUAACAAACAUUUUGCCGAAAUUGGAGAACAUUAUGGAGUUUGUCACAUUGUGGACUUGUUAUCAAAGACAAAAUCCUCAGAAGUGCAAUUAUCCAACAGGUAUAAACAAUUGUAUAAAAAUUGUGAUCGUAGAGAGGAGAUUGAAUACACUGCAUUUGAUUUUCAUGCCGAAACUAAAAAUGCAGGGGGGUUUGCUGGUGCAACAAGGAUUCUUCCCAAGUUGUACGAUUCAAUGCGUGAAUUUGGCUACUUCUCAUACGAUUUGGAACAAGAUCUGGUCAUAACCAGACAAGACGGGGUGUUUAGAGUAAACUGCUUGGACUGUCUAGAUAGGACCAAUUUGAUUGAACAGGUUAUUUCGAGAACUGUUUUUGAAAACAUCCUCAAACAACAAACCGCAUCUCAUGGGAACCAAGGACGGGACCACGCAAUGAUUGAAAAUUUUAUAUACAAGCAUAACGAGCUAUGGGCUGAUCAUGGUGAUGCUAUUUCACAAAUUUAUACUGGAACGAAUGCAUUAAAGUCGUCAUUUACGAGAUCGGGAAAGAUGAACUUAGCGGGUGCGUUGUCAGAUGUAACGAAAUCGGUUUCGAGAAUGUAUCAAAACACAUUUAUUGAUGGCAAGAAACAGUCAACAAUCGAUUUGUUACUAGGUGUUGGUGGCCCACAAUCUAAGAAAGUUAAAAUUUACGAUCCAGCUAGCGAUUAUGUCACUGCUCAAUUGGAACAACAAUCACGUGUCUUCACAACUGAUGCAAAUAUCAAAGUGUUUACCGGUACAUACAAUGUCAAUGCUCUAGAACCGCUGGCAAAUAUCGACUUAACUUCAUGGUUAUUCCCACCGGAGAAUGAAUCAAUGCCGGACAUUUAUGCCAUUGGGUUUCAAGAAUUGAUUGAAUUGAAUGCAGGGUCAUUCUUAGCUGGUGAUGUCACCAAACCGCAAAAGUGGGCUGCUGUUUUGAAUCAACAACUAAACUCUCAACGAGAACAAUAUGUGCUUUUGAGAACUGAGUCGAUUGCAUCAAUGUCAUUAUUCUUGUUUGUCAAGAGCUCAUCCAUUCAACAUGUGACUCGUGUUUCUGGAUCAUCGAAAAAGACUGGAUUGGGGGGAAUUGCUGCAAACAAGGGUGCAUGUGCUGUUAGAUUUGAAUACGGCGCUACAUCAUUUGCAUUGAUUACAUCACACUUAGCCGCGGGGACUACUGCUAUAGCUGAACGAUUCAAUGAUUACACCACUAUUAUGCAAGGUAUGGUGUUUACUCGAAACUAUUCGAUUCAUGACCAUGAUCAUGUUAUCUGGUUUGGUGAUUUGAAUUAUCGUAUUGAUUUGCCCAAUGGACAAUGCCGAAACUUGAUUGAAAAUGGCGCAUUCGAUGAACUUGCCAAGAAGGAUCAAUUGAAGUUGGAAAUGAGAGAUAAGGGAGCAUUUCUGGAGUUUAACGAGGGUGCAGUCAAGUUUUAUCCUACUUAUAAAUUUGACAAGGGAACUUCCAAUUAUGACUCGUCGGAAAAGCAACGAGUUCCAUCGUGGACAGAUAGGGUGUUGUAUCUCAGUUUGAAGAAGAAACGUAAUGAUUUAAAACAAUUGAAUUAUAAUUCAGUCAUGGAUGUAUAUCUAAGUGAUCAUAAACCAGUAUAUUCGACAUUUGCAGUCAAAGUUGAAUUUAUUGACAAGACCAAGAAAUCAGCCAUGGCUAAAGAUUUGUACGAUGGGUACAGGAAAGAACAUGGCAACUCAUACGAUUUAGUGUCGUUGAACACAUUAUCGCCAACUCCAUCCACAAAAUCCGUUUCUUCAUCAAACAAGAAUGACAAUUUUGUCAAUGAUGCAUUGGCCGAUUUGAAUUUAUUGGAUGAUUUUGAUCCUCAUGCACCUAGUUUACCAGCAAGACCUAACUUCAAUGCAACUGCACCUAGACGCGUGCCUCCCCCACCAGCAAGCAGAAAGACUACGUCAACAUCAACAUCAACAUCAGUAUCACCACCAACAAAUCAGACAAAUGCUUCUUCUACACAGGUGCCUCGUAAAUUGCCACCAUUACAAGCACCACUCCCAUUGAAUGGGCAAUCAAAACAACAACCAUCUACAUCGCAAUCUAUUGCACAAGGAUCACCAAAACCAAUGAAAGUGCCAAUUGGAUUUUCAUCGUCACCAUUGAUCCCUAGUCGCUCUAAUCUGAACUCACCAUCGGUGUCAAACUCACCGGUAUCCACUCCAAAACAGUUGGACAACAAUAAAGUGGCAAAGCCUCAUCAUCAUAGUGAGUUGAAACCAAUGGUGCCUAGCAAACCAUCAUCUUUAUCUUCAUCAAAAUUGAAAACGGCAGAAAAUCAUGAUAGUGAUGAGGAUGCAGGAGAAGCAGACGCAGUAAAAAGUAAUGGAACAGGACAAUCACCACCACCACCUCCUCCUCCUGUUAGUCGUGCCAUGAGAACCAUGUCUGAUUGGCAACCUUUAGUACCAAAAUAA